GGAGACCGCGGCCCGCGCCCCAGCGCGCCCGAGCCGGAGGGGCCGGGGUCGGCGCACCUGGCGGAUGCGCCCCGCCGCGCGCCCCAGCGCAGCAGCCCGAGCAGCGGCCGCCCGAGCGGCGGGGAUGCCCGGACGCCGGGCCCCGGGGCUGGGCCCCCGGCGGUAACCGGAGCGGGGGGGCCGCGCCCCCCCCCGCCCCCCCGCCGGUCCCAGAGCCGCAGCUGCUGCGCCCGCGCGCUCCCGGGGACAUUCUACUCGCCGCCCGGGCCCGCUGCCUCCUGCCCCGCCACUGAUCCCGCGGCCCGGGAGGGGGGCGCAGCGCGCAGCGCGCCAUGGGGACCCUGCUGGCCCUGGUGGUCGGCGCGGCACUGGUGUCCUCAGCCUGGGGGGGCUGCGUGGAGGUGGACUCAGAGACCGAGGCCGUGUACGGGAUGACCUUCAAAAUCCUGUGCAUCUCCUGCAAGCGCCGCAGCGAGACCACCGCCGAGACCUUCACAGAGUGGACGUUCCGCCAGAAGGGCACUGAGGAGUUUGUCAAGAUCCUGCGCUAUGAGAACGAGGUCCUGCAGCUGGAGGAGGAUGAGCGCUUCGAGGGCCGCGUGGUGUGGAACGGCAGCCGGGGCACCAAGGACCUGCAGGACCUGUCCAUCUUCAUCACCAACGUCACCUACAACCACUCGGGCGACUACGAGUGCCACGUCUACCGCCUGCUCUUCUUCGAGAACUACGAGCAUAACACCAGCGUCGUCAAGAAGAUCCACCUUGAGGUGGUGGACAAGGCCAACAGAGACAUGGCGUCCAUCGUGUCGGAGAUCAUGAUGUAUGUGCUCAUCGUGGUGUUGACCAUAUGGCUCGUGGCAGAGAUGGUUUACUGCUACAAGAAGAUCGCUGCGGCCACGGAGGCUGCCGCACAAGAGAAUGCCUCGGAAUACCUGGCCAUCACCUCAGAAAGCAAGGAGAACUGUACGGGCGUCCAGGUGGCCGAAUAGUCCUGGUAAGGCCCUGGGCUCCACCUCAAGGAAGAGCCAGCCCUAAUGGGGAACAUCUGGGCACGGCCUGCCCCCAAUGGGGGUUGGCCAUUCCUGGGCCUCUACGAGCCUCAGAGUCCUGCCAGCGGAACCGCCUGGGGUGGGAGGGACAGGGGGCUUGGCUCACACCCCCAAUCUGGCCUACUUCCUCCUGCCCCAUUGCCCACCCACGCCAUGCAUGAUGGGUAAAGCAAUAUUGCCGCUGCCCCCGCCCCUGCUUCUGCUGCCUGUUCAGGAGGGGGGGCGGUGAGGUGGGGGCAGCGGCUCCGCACCCCUCCUUCUUGCUGAUUUGCACACAUCGGCCGCUUCAGAUGCACACUACUGGGGCCCGGCCUCCCCCUGCCCCCUUCCCCUGCCCGGCAGGGGUCGUGAUGGGCUGGCACAGUUUGGGGCAGGGGGUUCUGGGACCCACUCCGACCCCCAGCAACAUUUGCCCUCCUUCCUCUGGCUGGACCUGGGGUCCCCCUCCCUGUGAUGCACUCUUGCCCCAGCCCAACCCUGCCCUCUCUCACCAGCCUUGGACUGUGGCCACUUAGAAGGGCCCAUUCAGCCUCUUCUCUCUUCACACAAGUAGUUUUGUUCAUGAAAUAAAGAUUCUUGGACUUGA